CGGGAUCACUGAGAAGCGCUCAAGCGAGGCGAGAAGCAACACUGACAACAACAACCACCAGCAAGAGCCUUGGACAUUAUACACACAGACUACCACCGCAGCAGAGAGAAGGAACGGACCCGAUCGGACUCCGUAGCAGUUUAUUAUAGUAACAGCAGAGAGGACUUGGAAAGUUUGGAAAAAUGCAGUCAGUGUACCAGCACCUGAUCAGCCUGCUGUUUGUCUUCAGCAGCCUGCAGGUUAACCAGCUGACGGAGGGCUGCUCGUGCGCUCUGACGCACCCGCAAGACGCCUACUGCAACUCCGACAUCGUGAUCCGUGCUAAAGUGGUGGGCAAGAAGCUCCUGAGAGAUGGACCUUUUGGAACGAUGCGCUACACGGUCAAGCAAAUGAAGAUGUACAAAGGAUUUGACAAAGUUCAGCAUGUGCAGCACAUCUACACAGACGCCUCAGAGAGUUUGUGUGGAGUCAAGUUUGACAUCAACAAGUACCAGUACCUGAUCACAGGGCGAGUGUACGAUGACAAAGUCUACACAGGGCUGUGCAACUUCAACGAGCGGUGGGAGCGCCUUUCAUUGGCCCAGAAGAAGGGCAUCAACCACCGCUACCAGCUGGGCUGCAACUGCAGGAUUAAACCCUGCCACUACCUGCCCUGCUUCGUGACCUCAAAGAACGAGUGCCUAUGGACGGACAUGCUAUCCCACUUCGGCUAUCCCGGCUACCAGUCCCGGCACUACGCCUGCAUCCAGCAGAAGGAGGGCUACUGCAGCUGGUACCGGGGCAUGGCCACCCGCGACAAAACCACCAUCAACGCCACCGACCCUUGAAUCCGAACACACCCUGCCCGAAACCCACUGCCGCUACCCCUUGACUGCGUCUCGUCCCUGAUCACCUCUAGAGUAUUACAGGACUCUUAAAGCUCACUGGCCUGGGUGACUGUCUCUUUUUAAAGGGGCAAGAAAAAGAGAAAAGAACAAAUCCAUUACAGUGCCUGUUUCGUAGCACUUCUGAUAGAAAACAAUACCUUUUUUUUGUUGUACAGAUUACCCAGUUGAAGUCUAUGAUGUUUUUCCCAACCCAUGAAUUGCACCGAACUGUCUCUUUAGGGUUCAGUGGUGUUGAAAAGGCGAAAAAGACAUUUAAAGGGCCAAUAAGAACAGCAUGACCUUGAUCAACUUCUAUUGGGAGCAUCAAUACAACUUAAGUAUCAAAAUUUGUGCAUUCAGGCAGUCAAAUUUUAACUUAUUGUCCCUUUUUAAAAAAGCGAGGAUUCUCAUAAGAAAGUAAUCACAUGAAAAAUGACAGCCAACAAUUUUCAGUAUGUAAAUUUGAGCUCCAAAGUUAUUACACUGUUGCUACUGAACUGCACUUGUGAUCCAUGCGAUUGAUGCAGUUUGCACGUUAGCAAUACAGAACAGAGCCAAGAAUCUUAUCGAGAAAACGGAUCGAGUGCCAAUGUGAGGUAUGAUCUAUAAAGAUGAUACUUCCUUGUUUCGGCUACAAAGCGUUUUUUGAAAAUGGUAUUGUUUCACAGUGAAGUAUACAUUGAUUAUGUUCACAGUUUUUACUGUAACAUGUGUCUUUAUGGAUGGUAGUAUCUCUGCUUCCCUGAAUGUUUGUAGUGUAACUCAUUUUACAGUUAUAUCACAAACAACACCCUUUCUGUUGAGCACUGAUGAAUAUCAGAGUAAUGCUUAAACAUGUUUGUUACAGUGCUGACAGGGAAGAGCUUGUGUUUUGCAGAGAUGGUGAUAUUUUAUUUUUUUUUGUACAUAACAUAAGCUACAGAAAUGAACUAUCAACUCAGCUGAAACCUCUGUCCUACAUUUAUUUAUCUGUUUAUUGGAUAAAACAGUAGAUGUGCAGUAUAUUUAUCCCCCCUCCCCUUCAAAAAAAUAGGAAAAAAAAUCACAAGCCAAAACUACCUUGUGACAACCAUGUGUAACCGUCCAAAAUGAAGGACCAGCAUCUAUAAGUUAUGUUUUAAGGUACUUUUUUUUUUAGCUUGAUCUUAGUUCAGCUGGUACUCCACCAAUCCAAUGAAAGUACAAUAAAAGCAGAGGUUUCAGACAGCAAGAUAUUUUUUACGUGUAUAUUCAAUCUUUUGUAUUUAACUAUUUGAAAUGGACAUAUAUAUAUAAAUAUAUGAAAGUAACAAUAUUGUCACUAAAUUCAUUCUUCCUCACCUGUUUCUUUCUUAUUUCUUCCCAGUGCAGUACCUUCAGUUCAUUCCAUUAAUAGACACAGAUUUGCCUCAAAUGGAGUAACAGGCCCUUUAUUACUCAAACUAAAAUAAAUACUACAUUGCUAACACACACACAUAGACUGAGGACAUAAACUUUAGUAGGUUUAUGAAGGUCAACAGGUGAUAUUUAUUGCAAAUAAAAGAAAUAUAUUGGCAUUUUGGGAAAUGUGCUUGUUCCCUGUCUUGCUGAGAGCUACAUGAGAAGAGACAUGAGAGUAGUAUCAUUCUUCUCAUCUAAGUCUAAGCAAGAAAAUGAACACGCAUAUUUUUCAAAAUGGGAAACUUUCUAUUUAAGAGUUAAAUGUAUUCACUUCCAUUCCAAAAUGACAAAAAGUAGUGUUUUCCCUUUGUUUUUGUUUGUUAGAACAUUAUUAAGACCCUAUGGGAUACUGAAACUCUCACUGUAGUCAGAUGAGAGGAAGAAGACAGCUUUUAUCUGAUGUUCAAAAAUGUCAAAAUGCCUGAUCACUUUAUAGUAAUCUGAUUUCAGUGAUGUUAAUCUAUCCUAUUUAAUUAAAUGCUCGAAUUAAUAAAAGUAUGCAGCUUUCGAAAUUAAAUUAUUUUUCCUUUCUUCAGCCUGUUGGCCUCCUCCUAAUAAUGAAUUUUGGUUUUGAGAUGCAAGAGGUGACACGAAAAGCCGAGACAAAGUUAAAAAUGACAUCUGCAUUCUUCAUUCAUAUGCAGUGACGAGGCACUUUCUCCAGCUGAGGCGUUUCUGUGUCACUAUUUCUGUGGUUCAUGUUUGUGUAAAUAUACUGUCUGCUUAACACAGAAAUUGAAAAGUUUGAUCCUUUAAAAAAAAAAAGAAAAAAGAAAAAAUUCAAUCAUGGAAGCUGUGUACAGUCUGUGUGUAAACGCGGAUUAUUGAAGUGUGGGUGGGGGCUGUUUCCUUGUAGGGGUUAUAGAAAUGUUUGACUUAAUUUCUGUGUUUUAUAUUUUUAUAAUAAAGAUUUAAUGAAAAACGGG